GGGGAAACAAGCUAUAGAAAGAAAAGGAGAGAGUCUGUCUAAAGUGUGCUUCAAAAGAGACCUACCAGUAUAUUUUCCAGCCUUACCUGCCUAUGCUAAACAUACAAUUCUCAAACAUUUCACAGAAGAUCAUUUUUCUUUUUCAACUAAUACCUUUCAACAACAACAACAGCAUCACAUUUCUUCUACAAUUUUGUUUCAGCUUUGGAAUCUGCAGCAGCGCAUGUGAUCUUUGGGUUAAGCCAUGUUAAAUUUGUAACAAGAGGGUCAGGCAUUUCAUACUUGGCUUCAAAAAGAAAGAAAAAAAGAAAGAAAGAAAGGACAAGGAGUGUGUGCAUGCAUACAGAAUUGAUCACCCUAGGAUUUAUUCAAGGGUACAAGCUGUUGACAGUGAGAACCUCAAGGAGAGCAAAGCUAGGGAGAUGUUUCUCAGCCGGCUGUUUUUUAGGUAGGCGCACCUUGCAGAUCCACUUGUUUGUUUGGUCUUAUCUUGAAGAUGACUGAAAUCAGUUGAAGAAAACAGUGCAUGGGGAUUUACUUGAGACAAUGUUUCUCUUUCUCACAUUUAUUUGGCAUGUCGUCGGUACAAUAAGUUUGAUCAGUCUGUCAGCUCAAGAACACUGGACAACAUGUCCUAUUGGAUACCGGAAAGAAAAUUUAUCUUGCAAAGAUAUUGAUGAAUGUUUAGAAGGUGGAGUUGGCAUCUGUGGUCAAAAUUGUAUCAAUACUCCAGGAUCCUAUAUGUGCUCUUGUAUGCCAGGCUAUACAUUGGCUAAUGACAAGAAGUCUUGUCAUAUAAGUGUUUCCACUCCAUUUCUAGUUUUCAGCCAAGGCAAUGCUAUCUUUGGAAUUGAGGCAGAUGGAACUCAUCACCAAAAAAUGGUGACUGAUACUGGCUUAUCAGUAUUACUAGAUUACCAUUAUGGUGAAGAACAUAUCUAUUGGUUGGACACAGAAAAAGGUCUUCUCCAGCGAAUAUCCUUGAAUGGCUCAAAUCCAGAGACAAUUUGCUAUACUGGAAAAGAUAUAUCUGGAUUUGCAGUAAACUGGAUAAACCAAAAUAUUUAUUUGGCUCAUUAUCAAGAAGCCACAAUUGAGGCAAUCAGCCUGGAUGGAAACUACUCUCAAAUCCUUGCAAAAGAUGAUCAUCAUCCUACAAGUAUUGCUGUUGAUGCAAGCAGAAGGAUUCUAUUUUGGUCUUCUGAAGGAGCUUUUAGCAGCAUCUACGGAGCUGUUCUGGAUAGAAAAGAAGUUUGGAGAGUUUUAAGGAGCACUGGAAAAAUCCGAAGCGUCUCACUGGAUUUUCUUAAUCAGAAGCUUUUUUGGAUGCAGUACAAUGAUGGCAAUGAUGAAAUUACACAUAUCAGAUCCUGUAGCUAUGAUGGUAGUUCUGUUCAUUUGCACAAACAGAUCAUACGAAACCAAGUCUAUGACAUCUUUAUCUUUGCUGACCAUAUAUAUUAUUCUGACUCAACUGGUGCUAUCCGACGGGCCAAUAAAUACACAGGGAAAGAUGUAGUUGCAAUGAACCUGCAGCCUGCAAGUUCUCAACCUGCUGAAAUACUGGUUGUACAUCCAUUAAAGAAGAUCAGCAUGGGGAUGGAUUCUAAAACACUUGUUGAAAGGCCUUGUCUUUCAAACAGAAGGAACUGCAAGAGAAGCACCUGUAAGCAAGACCCCAAGACCAGUCAAUGCGAAUGUAUGAGUGGGUUCACUUUAAGCAAAAAGAGAAAAUCAUGUGAAGAUGUCAAUGAAUGUGCAUUAUGGAACCAUGGUUGUACUUUAGGCUGCGUCAAUAUUCCAGGAUCCUAUUAUUGUACUUGUCCAAGAAAUUUUAUUCUGCUGUCUGAUAAGAAAACUUGUUAUGAAUUAAUUCCCUGUGCAAGCAAUUACAUUCAGUGCAGUCAUGGUUGUGGGCAGACACCUGAAGGGCCUGUUUGUUUUUGUCCUGAGGAAUCAGUUCUCCAAGCAGAUGGAAGAACAUGUUUGGGAUCCAAGCCAUUUCUGUUGUUUGCAAACAGCCGAGACAUCCGCCGCAUUGGUUUUGAUGGAACAGAUUACUCAAGUAUUCUCAGCUGGCAGAUGGGAGCAGUCUUAGCUCUGGACUAUGACCCUGUUGAAAAUAAGAUUUAUUUUGCACACACGGCUUUGAAGUGGAUAGAGAGAACUAAUCUGGAUGGCACAGAUCGUAAAAAAGUUAUCCACGAAGCAACCCAGAGACCCGAAGGACUUACUGUGGACUGGAUUAACCGCAAAUUGUAUUGGACUGACCCCGGGAAGUUCUGUAUUGAAAGCAGUAACCUCAAUGGGAAGCAGAGGAAAAUAAUUAUUCAGGAGGAGAUGUCUCACCCUCGAGGAAUUGCUGUUCAUCCUUUCACUGAGAAAAUAUUUUGGACUGACCUAGGCAUCAACCCAAGGAUUGAAAGUUCUUCCUUACAAGGCUCCAACCGACGUAUUAUAGCAAACUCAAAUUUGCUUUGGCCCAGUGGAAUAACGAUUGAUUAUUUUGCUGACAAGUUGUAUUGGUGUGAUGCAAGAAAGUCUGUGAUUGAAACCUCAAACCUGGAUGGUUCUAAACGGCAAAUACUCACACAGAAUGAUGUAGGUCAUCCAUUUGGCAUAGCAGUGUUUGAGGAUUAUAUUUGGCUCUCUGACUGGUCAAAGCCUUCAUUAUUGAGAAUGGACAAGAAGACUGGCCUUGACAGAGUGCGCCUUGGAGGCAGCAUGCUGAGACCCUCCUCACUGAUUAUUAUCCAUCCUUUUGCAAAACCAGGCCAUAUGUUUAUGUCGAAAGAUGGUGUCUCAGCUAACAAGAUGCUUGUGCCGGAUACAUUCCCUCAGUAUCCCCUGGAUAACAGUGCAUCCAGAGAUAGCAUAAAACAAGAUCUACAGACGAAACAGGAGCUGACUGCAGAAAUCAUGGUGUCCAACCGGGACCAUUGUACAUGGUUGGGAUGUGACAUCAAUGCCCAAUGUAUUUCAAAUGAAGGUGGUGCUACUUGUCAAUGCCAGAAGGGGUUCGUCACAAAAGGCCAAUUGUGCUAUGAUCUGGAUGAGUGUGCUUCCAGUUUGGACCAGUGCAACCGGAGCUUAUCAAUAUGCAUCAAUACUGAAGGUGGCUACUUUUGUGAAUGUCUUGUGGGAUAUACAGAAGAUGGCCUUCAUUGUUCUGAAUCUGCCAUACCUGCUACCACUGUGAGCAGAGAUAAGACCACAUCAUCUGAACAGGACAAUCCUAUUGAGUGCCCACCAUCGUAUUGUCUCAAUGAAGGAGUUUGUGUUUAUUUUUCAGCACUUCAAGCUUUUGCGUGCAAGUGUGAGAAAGGAUAUCUGGGAGAGCGUUGCCAGUUCAGUGACCUGGAGUGGUGGACACAGCAGCAUGUGAUGCAAGCAAAGAAACAGAACAUUGCCACCGCGGCUUGCCUGGCUGUGUUGUUUAUGCUUCUCCUCAUUGGAAUUGUAACUUUCUACUGCUACAGUAGACAAAAGAGGUUAUACGGGAAGAAACCCUGCGGAGAACCAAUCAGAGAUACUAGCAGCAGUGCCGGUGGUAGCAGCAAAAGCACUGACAGCGAAAAUACAAAUCUUCAAACCGAGAAGCCUCUGUUAAUUGUUAUGAUGGAAUGUGAUGACAACAACAAAGACAGAUCAAGUGAUGAAACAGAUUGCAGUACGGAAGAACUUCAUUAUUUUUGCCUCUCUGAAGCCUCAUGAGCAAUGGAAACUUGGACAGAAAUGGGUUGCAGAGGAAGUAAGCGAUCAGGUCUCCGUCUCCAGCUACCCAGAAACCUGAAGUUUUUGUAUCAGAGAACGACGAUGUUAAUGUGUCCCAAAACACUCUAGGAAGUGGCUCCCUCUCAACUCUGUCUCAUGCAGUCAGCUUAAUACAGGCAGAUUAAAGACCCUCUCAACUAAGCUGAACAUAGGAUGCUGAGGCUCACAAGUAACCACAAAGUAUGUUCAUUGGAAGCAAUUUUAAUAAGGAUUUUGAAAACAUCCAAAUGUGAGAGAAAACAUCCUCACUGUGAGAGCUGUUCGGCAGUGGAACUCUCUCCCUCAGAGUGUGGUGGAGGCUCCUUCUUUGGAGGCUUUUAAGCAGAGGCUGGAUGGCCAUCUGUCGGGGUGCUUUGAAUGCGAUUUCUUGCUUCUUGGCAGGGGGUUGGACUGGAUGGCCCAUGAGGUCUCUUCCAACUCUACGAUUCUAUAAUUCUAUGAAAUGAAUGAUGUGCUGCCCAUUCAUACUGCAAAUGCCUGUGUUCACAGAAGGGGAGUGGAUAUGUCCACUCUACAGACGACAUAGGCUAACACAUCUUUGAUAAUAUGCUUCAAAAGUGAGUUGUAGAAUCAUAGCAUCAUAGAGUCGGAAAAGAACAUAAGAGCCACCCAAUCCACCCCCUUGCCAUGUGUUAACGAGUAAAUGAACACCAGGAAGAGAAUUGGUGCUGUAUUGGUGCUUGUGACUCAUUUAAAUCAUGGUCAGGAUUAUUUUAUUGCAAUUAAUUUCUCCAGGUUGCAUUGUCAGGGGUGAGAAACACUUUGCCUUAAUAAUGCUCUACGCUCAAUAUAAGAUUGGAAGAGACUGGUGACAACUUUUAUUGGCUAGUUAUCUGUUGACCAAUGAGCCCGAUGCUCUGGCCCACUGGAAUGGCAGGAAGGAACAACCCAAGUGGGUGCUCCCUGCAUGUUCCCUUUCCAUGAAGAGGUUCAAGAAAGGCACUAGCUCAAAAUGGACCAUAGCAAAAUAUUGCUGCACAUCUCAAAUACCCCAAGGAGACCCCUUCCAUUAGCAGUGCCUAAAAAUACCCAGCAAUCGAUGUUUUGGAUCCAAGACCCAUGUUAACUCUCCCCAAAUGUUGUGACAAAAGACAAGUAAUCCAAAACAGACCCCUAUAUAAAACUCUUAAGUAGCUCCCUACUGAGUUGUCACUAUAGAAACAAGGUGUGUUGACCAUGCACAAGAGCAGGCCAUUUACUGUUCUCCCUAAAAUGCAGUGAAAACCACAUCUAGGACACUUUGGUCAGCCAAUGGGGUUCAAACUGUGGUUUAAAAAUGUUGACUAGUGUUCCAGAUUCUGCCUAGGGUCACGUUGGCCCCUGGGAGGAAGGAUCUGGCAAUUUGCCAUAAAGAUGGACCGACCAGACUCAACUACUGCCCUGACCCCACAAAGUAAUAGCGCUGUAAGUUACAUAGUUCCCUUUUCAGAAAAAAAGUAUUUCUCUGUAUUGCAUUUGCCAGUAUUACUAAUGUUCAGAGUAGUCUUUUCUUUGCAAUGAAAAUAAUAAUGCAGACAUACAAAGAGAAAUAAUUACUAAGGAUAAUGUGUACAGGCAAGACAGAUUCAUGUACAGCAUGUUGCAGCUCUAAAAAAAAAACCCUGUGGAAUCCUGAGUGAAAUAGUGCCUACUAAAGGCUCUUAACUAUGCUCAAGUGAUUUAUCAGGAAACAAGGGCUAGCAAAUCUUCAACAAUAAUUAUAUCUGUAUUCACGGCAAGGUUUUGUACUGUAAAUCAUCCCAGCUGGUGGUUUUGCAAAUGGUUCAGUAUGGGAGCCUUGCCAUUGGCCAGCUGAUUCCAAUUUGGCAGCCUUAGCAAUAAAUAACAUCUGACAGGCCUGUGUUUACCAAUGAUCACAAUUUUUGUUGGACAUUUGAUGAACCGAAAUGAGUUGGCCUUCUACCAAACUGAUGGACUCUGGAAAUGAAAUAACUAAAUAUGCACUGAAAACAUGACACACAUACAGAAAUACAGUCCAUUUUGCAGACAUGGUUUGCACUUUUUCUUGAAAGAAGUAAUUGUUUAAAAGAGGAAAGAAAUAAACAUGACCAAAAGGUCUUCAAAAGUGCAUUGCACACAUUGCCCCCUUGCUUUCCCCCUUUAUUAUCUAUCCCACAUAUCCAAUCGUAUGGUAUUGACUGAGGCUAAAGUUUGCCAUCCCAAUCAAGAAUAUUUGGGAUUGAAAUUGAGAGGGUUUUUUUUUUUUUUUUAACUACGAACUAUAUGAACUACUUUGCUGAGGGUAGCAGUAGUAAUUGUGAUCUUGUACAUUUAUAAUGCAUACUGCUGGCAGAAUUCAAAUGCAGAAAAAGUCCAUGGGGAACUCUUGAAUAAAAUAGAGUUUCCACUAA